GUCACGUGAUACGCAAAACCAUCCAUCUUGAGAUACACAUUGACUGCUGCGUUUCUCGUGUUCGCAUUUUCUCACUAACGAUCACAGUAAAUAAGAAGACACAAUGGCUGAGUCUGGAAGUGACGAUUUGGCCACAGCUAUUUUACGACGCAAGGAGAAACCAAACAGACUCCUUGUUGAAGAAGCCAUCAAUGAUGACAAUUCAGUUGUAUCACUAUCACAGAAAAAAAUGGACGAACUGCAGUUAUUUCGAGGAGAUACAGUUCUGUUAAAAGGUAAAAGAAGAAGAGAAACUGUUUGUAUCGUUCUAUCAGAUGACACUGUUACAGAUGAUAAAAUUCGUGUCAAUAGAUGUGUGAGAAAUAACUUAAGAGUUAGACUUGGUGAUGUCGUAAGUAUUCAAGCCUGCCCAGAUGUUAAGUAUGGAAAGAGAGUUCAUGUUUUACCUAUUGAUGAUACUGUUGAGGGACUGACUGGUAAUUUAUUUGAGGUGUAUCUGAAACCUUAUUUUCUGGAAGCUUACAGACCAGUAAGAAAAGGAGAUAUUUUUUUGAUAAGAGGUGGAAUGAGAGCUGUAGAAUUUAAAGUUAUUGAAACUGACCCAGCACCCUACUGUAUUGUAGCACCUGAUACAGUUAUUCAUUGUGAAGGUGAACCUGUCAAACGUGAGGAAGAAGAAGAAGCUCUAAAUGAAGUUGGCUAUGAUGAUAUUGGUGGCUGUAGAAAACAGUUGGCUCAAAUUAAAGAAAUGGUAGAGCUUCCCCUCAGACAUCCUCAAUUAUUUAAAGCUAUUGGUGUUAAGCCACCUAGAGGAAUAUUAUUGUAUGGACCACCUGGUACUGGUAAAACACUGAUUGCUAGAGCUGUUGCUAAUGAAACUGGAGCCUUCUUUUUCCUGAUUAACGGUCCUGAAAUUAUGAGUAAACUUGCUGGUGAAUCAGAAAGUAAUUUAAGAAAAGCUUUUGAAGAAGCAGAAAAGAAUUCUCCCGCUAUUAUAUUUAUUGACGAACUAGAUGCUAUUGCACCAAAAAGAGAAAAGACACAUGGUGAAGUUGAACGUAGAAUUGUUUCUCAAUUAUUAACAUUGAUGGAUGGUUUGAAACAAAGAGCUCAUGUUAUUGUAAUGGCCGCCACUAACAGACCCAACAGCAUUGAUGCUGCUCUCAGAAGAUUUGGACGAUUUGAUCGUGAAGUUGAUAUUGGUAUUCCUGAUGCUACUGGAAGAUUAGAAAUUCUGAGAAUUCAUACCAAGAACAUGAAAUUAUCUGAAGGAGUAGAUUUGGAACAGAUUGGUCAAGAAACUCAUGGUCAUGUAGGAGCUGAUCUGGCUGCUCUCUGUUCAGAAGCUGCUCUUCAACAGAUUAGAGAGAAAAUGGACUUGAUUGAUUUAGAAGAUGAACAUAUUGAUGCUGAAGUGUUAGAUUCUUUAGCUGUUACUAUGGACAAUUUCAGAUGGGCUUUGAGUAAGAGUAAUCCUAGUGCUUUACGUGAAACAUCAGUUGAAGUACCUAAUGUAUCCUGGGAAGAUAUUGGUGGUUUAGAAAAUGUCAAGAAAGAACUACAAGAAUUAGUCCAGUACCCUGUUGAACAUCCUGAGAAAUUCUUGAAGUUUGGUAUGACACCAUCAAAAGGUGUUUUAUUCUAUGGUCCACCUGGAUGUGGUAAAACUUUACUAGCUAAAGCUAUAGCUAAUGAAUGUCAAGCUAACUUUAUCUCCAUAAAAGGUCCUGAGUUGCUCACUAUGUGGUUUGGAGAAUCUGAAGCUAAUGUCAGAGAAAUCUUUGAUAAGGCAAGAUCAGCAGCACCCUGUGUGUUAUUUUUUGAUGAAUUAGAUUCUAUAGCUAAAUCUAGAGGUGGCAAUGCUGGAGAUGGAGGAGGAGCAGCUGAUCGAGUUAUUAAUCAGUUAUUAACAGAGAUGGAUGGUAUGAGUGCUAAGAAAAAUGUUUUUAUUAUUGGUGCAACUAACAGACCUGACAUUAUUGAUCCUGCUAUUUUGAGACCUGGGCGUCUGGAUCAAUUGAUCUACAUUCCUCUACCAGAUGAUAAAUCACGUAUUGCUAUUUUGAAAGCUAAUCUUCGUAAAUCACCAGUAGCUAAAGAUGUUGAUGUGGAUUACUUAGCCAAAGUAACUCAUGGUUUCAGUGGAGCUGAUUUAACUGAAAUCUGUCAACGAGCCUGUAAACUAGCUAUCAGACAGUCUAUUGAAGCUGAAAUUCGUUUUGAGAAACAAAGAGCUCAAGAUCCCGAUUCUAACAUGGAUUAUGAAGAGAGUGACCCAGUCCCAGAAAUCUCUAGAGCUCAUUUUGAGGAAUCUAUGAAGUUUGCUAGAAGAUCAGUUAGUGAUAAUGAUAUCAGAAAAUAUGAGAUGUUUGCCCAGACUUUACAACAGAGCAGAGGUUUUGGUGGAAAUUUCAGGUAA